CAUCUCUCCAAACGCCCAUCAAACUUUCACCAGGACCCAGUCCUCUAAAUGGGGCCUUUGUGAGACACCGAGGACGCGCUAGACCGGACAACGAUGGAGACGUUAUCGCCGCUGACUUUUGGAACAGUUUGACCCUUUGUGAAUAUUCCAGAGAAGCUCUUAUUAUUUAUUUAUUUAUUUAUUUGUUCAUUAUAUUUCGUUGUCUUUGCGACAGAGCGCCAGGGAUGGAGCAAGCACCCAGCGCGCCGAGCCCUCCUCCCAAACCCGUUCAACACGAACCCAUCAGCUUCGGUAUCGAUCAGAUCCUGGGAACAGGUACGGAGGCAGAAAAUGGGCGCACGGCUGGGAGGAAGAGCGGGUCGGAUUUAAGCAGCGGGGACGGUUACUACAAUUUAGGAAGCCCGGCCGGAGCCGGCGCGCCUUCUUACACCGCCCUGUCCAUCUCCCUCUCCGGGAUAAUGCCUCCGGUGGAAGCUUCGGGCUCAUAUGGGGAGAGUCGGAGUCUGAGCAGCCGAGGGGUGAUUCGGGUCCCGGCGCACAGACCCGUCACGGCACCAGGACCCACAGCGCCAGUGCAGAGCGCCGUCCCUGGGUUCGGAGGGCUGUGCUUCCCCUGGAUAGGAAACAGGUUCGCCAAGGACAGAAUAUCAGCCGCUCUUGUGCCGUUCGCCGUUACGCGGCGGAUAGGCCACCCGUACCAGAACCGGACACCUCCCAAACGGAAAAAGCCUCGCACCUCCUUCUCCAGAGUGCAGAUCUGCGAGCUGGAGAAGCGCUUCCACCGGCAGAAAUACCUGGCCAGCGCCGAACGCGCAGCUUUGGCCAAGAGCCUGAAGAUGACAGACGCACAGGUCAAAACCUGGUUCCAGAACCGCAGGACCAAGUGGAGGAGACAGACGGCCGAAGAGAGGGAGGCGGAGCGCCAGCAGGCCAAUCGCCUCAUCCUGCAGCUCCAGCAGUCCGCCCUCCAAAAGUCUCUGGGCGAAUCAGCGGUGUCGGAUCCAUUGUGCGCCCAUAACUCCUCCCUGUACGCCCUGCAGAACCUCCAGCCCUGGGCCGAAGAGAGGGAAUAGAGAUCAUCCACUAAACAGUGGUGUCAGACUGUAAUCAAUGAGCGUCACAUUAUCCCUGGGAGGAUAAAUAAUUCAAUUUGGCCCCUGCAAAGGACAGUGUUGGGACUCACUUUGAUCCAAUGGAGGAACAUGUCGGAGAAGACAAACUGAGUGAUGGGUCACAGCUGGUUUUCCACUGGAUGGUUGUGAAGCACAACCUCGUUUGGACUAAAGCUUGCAAAUGUGGACUUGAGGACUACAGCACUCCUCAGGAGCAAAAACUGAGGUUUCAAUU